UUCAAACUUGUUGUCAAAAUUUUUCAGUGUCGGCGUAGUGGAUUUUUUUCCAUAAUAUAUAUUCCUUGAGAAACUAGGCAAAAAGUAAAAAAAAUACUUUUCUCGAAACUUUAAAAUAUAGGAGUCCACGAAUAUUAAACAAAAAUGGUUUCUAGAAUAAUUUUGCGCACGGCUUUUCCGUCAACUUUCAAGAUAACAAAAACCGCAGCCCAAUCUACAAAACCAAAAAUUGUUUGGAACCUUUCGAUUCAUGUUCCUUCAGUAUGCUCUACCAAGGAAAGUAUUGGCCGGCGACAUUUCAGCCAACAGACUACUACAGAAGAAAUGUCCUUAUCCGUGGACUUCGAUUAUGUAAACAAGGCCAUCAAGGAUGACAAAGUCCUGAUUGUCGAUGUAAGGGAGCCUGAUGAAAUAAAAGAACAUGGAAAAAUCCCAAAUAGUGUCAACAUUCCAUUGGGAACUGUAACAUCAGUGCUCAGCCAAAUGUCUGAAAAGGAAUUUGAGCAAGUGUACCAAAGACCCAAACCUACUGAGGAUACAGAGAUGAUAUUUUAUUGCAUGAUUGGAAAGAGAUCUGGCAUGGCACAGGAAAACGCCCAAAAACUAGGAUUUAGGAAUGUAAAGAAUUACCUAGGAAGCUUCACCGAUUGGGCUGCAAAAACUAAGUAGACUGUUGUGUAACAUGUAACAUAAAUACAGGUAUAGUUACCUACUAUAAAAUUUGUAGUUAUCUAGUCUGUGGCAUUUGUAUCCUUUUAGUAAAUAAUAUAAAUUUUUAUAUGCAAUGUUGAUUGUAAAUGUGAAAAUAUAAUGUUAUAGGAAAAAAUUAAAAAGUAUUUUUCUUAUAACUACUGGCAAACUUGAUUUUUAUCAGGACUAAAAAGAUAUUUUCAAUAACUUAUAUAAAACUACAUUAUUGUAUAUCAAACAGCAUUUAAUAACAAUAAAUAAUUGUACAUUUAUAACAAGACAAAUAAUGGCCCCUCUUGAGACUCCUUAAUAUUUUAAUAAGAAAAAAAAUUACCCAACCAAAACACCAAUAAUAAAAAAGCAGUAAUUUAAAAAAAAUAUUAUGGUGACCACAAUACUACUUAUUUUUGCUGGACCACUCAUUCCAGCUACCAAGAUAGGUUUUUGAUCUGAAAAGAAUAAAUAAAAUAUAUCAGUA